UUCGGCGCAAAAUGUCGCUUCGCCCAUGACCGCAAUCUCUUGAACCCCAACUCCUUCCAGCCGGUUUUGGCAGUAUUUGACGCAAGUUUUGAUACCUCAUCGUUGGUGUGCAGGCGUAACAGAUGCUGUGGUGUUUACGCCGGAUUGCGAGAACAAACUCGUGUCAGAAAACAGGAGCGACCGUUAGCAUCAUCUUGCAUCGGCCUGAGGAUUGUCCAGGCAAUGAAACUUCGGAGAGCGGCAUGCACGUGCUCAGUCACAACGAGGCUUUGGACUGCAUGGGAGGAUGCAGCCGGAAUGUGAUGUUGGUAUUGAGUGGAGGGGAUCGUUUCAAAUGUCCCACCAUUCAGUGUCUUGUACUGUCAAACUUCUCGAAGUUCUCUUCUCUCCCUAUAUUCGCAACGGGACCGGCCUACCGCACCUUACCGUACCUAGGUACCUCGCCUGUACCUCACUUUACGCCAGUCGGUCGAGGAGCCUGCUCGAUUGAGACCGCCGACCCGACAACAUCGCCGACACGACAGCAAACCACAAAACGGCAACGCCAAUGGCUGAGGGUCCGGUGUGCGGUCGCCAACUCGCAUUCUUGUGCUGCGUCCUUUACACCUUUAUUGCCAACAACUUCCUCCGAAUCUUGGUCAGGCGGCACCUCUCAGGCAGGUUGUACUUGCUUUUUGCCGUCCUCGCCACGCGCCUUGUCGUCGAAUUCUCCUGGGUACGUCUCCACCAAUACUUGACGGGCAAUAACUGGGGUUGGACCUUUUGUUCGAAUGGCAGUUGGAAUGCUGCCCACUAUCUUCAUCGACCUCGUGCUCGGGGGCAGCUAUUACUCGACAUGGAAUUUCAGAUACUGAGGGCCUCGGCAGCGCUGCAAGCUACCAUGGAUGGAGGCUGGGAUAGAUAGGUCUACGAUGUGGAAGCCUUCUCUCAACACGGAACCAUACAAGGGGCUGAGAUCUCAGGGUCUGGUAAUGUAGGGAAUUCAAGACCUUAGAAUUACCGACUCUUUUGUUCGUGAUACGUUGAAGAUUGUCGAGAUGGUGACUUAAAGUCCUGAAGACC